AUCUCCAUGAUGAGACUCAACCUCUCAAUUCGCCGAGUUGGGCCGAUCGAUCACUUCAAGGUUCUCACAUUGGGUUCAGUUCCAAGUUGACGUGAUCAGGGUGUGGUCGUAGCGUAGGACCCUGUGCGAGGGGAACGUGUUCCGUCUCGCAAGCUGAGUGGAGGAGGAGGACUUGCUGCACCAGAUCCGUUAUAUAUUCCUCGAUCUCCAUGUAGAACCCUAGACACUAUCAAGUCUCUCAACUAGGUUCCGGUUGUGCUUCAGAUUCAACACCUACAACCAUGUCAGACCUCAAGGCUACGGUCUCCGAGACCAAGAACGGCUUCCACGUCGAGGGUUACGAGAAGAUCGAGUACGACUUCACCUUCCUCGAUGGCGUCUUUGACCUCCAGAAUGCCCAGUUGGCUGGUCUCUACGAGCGCUGGGGCCGUUGCUUGGCAAUCAUGGACAAGAACAUCUAUGAUUUGUACGGAGAUCAGAUGCAGAAGUACUUCGAGCACCACGGCCUGGAGUUGAAGAUCCACCAGACCAUGAUCGGUGAGAAGGCCAAGUCGUUGGAGACAUUCACCAACAUCGUGGACUCGAUGACCGAUUUCGGGAUUAUCCGAAAGGAGCCCGUGCUGGUAGUGGGCGGAGGAUUAGUGACUGAUGUUGCCGGCUUUGCCUGCGCCGCCUACCGCCGCAACACAAACUACAUUCGCAUCCCCACGACGGUCAUUGGUCUGAUCGACGCCAGCGUCAGCAUCAAGGUGGCGGUCAACUACGGCAACUACAAGAACCGGCUGGGGGCGUACCACGCGCCGAUGCACACGUUCCUGGACUUCGGGUUCCUACGCACGCUGCCCGAGGCGCAGGUGCGGAACGGGUUCGCGGAGCUGAUCAAGAUCUCGAGCUGCGCGCACCUGCGGACGUUCGACCUGCUGGACGAGUUCUGCGAGCGGCUGAUCGCGACCAAGUUCGGGCGCUCGCACGACGAGACGGGCGAGGUCAAGCGGGCGGCCGACGAGAUCAACCGCAACGGCAUCUUCGAGAUGCUCAAGCUGGAGUCGCCGAACCUGCACGAGAUCGGGCUGGACCGCGUGAUCGCGUACGGCCACACCUGGUCGCCUCUACACGAGCUGGCACCCCCCGUGCCCCUCCGCCACGGCCACGCCAUCUCCAUCGACAUGGCCUACUCGGCCACGCUGGCCAACAUCCGCGGCCUGCUCAGCGACGAGGAGCACCGGCGACUGCUCAACCUCUUCUCGCGGGCGGGGCUGUCAAUGGACCACGAGCUCUUCCACGAGGAGAUCCUCGACAAGGCCACGCAGGCGAUCCUCAAGACCCGCGACGGGCUGCUCCGCGCCGCCGUGCCCAGCCCGCUGGGUAGCUGCAAGUUCCUGAACGACGUCACCAACGAGGAGAUGUUCGCGGCGCUGCGUCGCCACAAGGAGCUGAUGAAGGAGUACCCGCGUGAGGGCGCGGGCAUCGAGGCGUACGUCGACGCCAGUGACACGGGGUACACGAUCAACAACAAGCCCGUGGACCCGCAGAUGCACGCACAGAAGAUGGCCAACGGUGUAGACGGCGAGACCAAGAUGAACGGCGACAAGAAGAUCAACGGGGUUGUCGACGAGAAGAAGAACGUGUUCAGCGACGGGGUCAUCAAUGGGUUCCGGCAGAUUGCUGCCAACGGGUACCCGAAUGGACUGCGCAAUUAGAGGAUAGACGGAGUUUUCAGAUGCAUUAGAAAUCAACGGAGGGAGUUACUGCGUAAUUAGUCUAGGUAGCUAUACGGUAAAUACCUAAUAAUGAUAAAACCGCCCGAAGACGUGGCGUUUCAUAUUCUCAGCUUCUUUU